UAGACAAAUCCCAAAAACUAUAUAAUUCUUUGCAAAUAUGACCAUUUCUAGCACCUCCUCAUCUCAAACUUAUUAUUGCAUUUCCCCAUUAUCUUCUUCUUGUUUCUUCCUCCUUGUUAUCUUCAUGUAUCUUUUGACGACGUUAUUAAUGAUUUGCUAGAAAGAAAGAAAAAAAAGGAUUUUAAGAAUCUUUUGCAUGUUUGAUUUUGGUAAAUCUUUAAAGUGCAAUCUGUCUUACGUUAGUCCCACGCUUGUGCUGACGAUCCUGGUACUACUUCUGCUCCUGCCACAAGAUUUUGUUCUCUUUCCCCACAAGUGUCACUACGGGGUAUUUAUUAAAAUUAAAUUUUGAAUUCGUCUCCCUUAAUUUCACAUUUUCCUUAUCCUUCGCCUAUAUAUACUAACAAGCACUUCCUCUUUUCACACCAUAAACACACAAUUUCUAUUUUCACUAUGGCUACUAAAUUAUUGUUAACAUUAGCAAUAUGUCGACUUAUUGUUACCGUGGGAUUUACUUUUAACCCCAAUGAGCUUUUACGGCUCGGCUUAGACGGGAACCUCAGCUCAGCUCCAGCUGAUUUAGAAACCGCCUCGGUCGACUUCGGCGGGCUAUAUAGAGCCGAGCCGAUGGUGGUUCUUCACCCGGCUAGAGCCGAGGACGUAGUGCGGCUCGUAAGAGCAGCGUACGACUCGGCUCGUGGGUUCACUGUCUCGGCUAGAGGACACGGCCAUUCUAUAAAUGGUCAAGCUAUGACAACAAAUGGAGUUGUUGUUCAAAUGAACGGUUCGAAAAAUAAGUUGUUGACUACGACUAAGGUUUCGGAGAAAUUCAUGUACGCUGAUGUUUGGGGUGGAGAGUUAUGGAUAGAUGUGUUGACGUCCACGUUAGAAUAUGGACUUGCGCCGAAAUCAUGGACUGAUUAUUUGUAUUUGACUGUGGGUGGUACUCUCUCUAAUGCUGGUAUUAGUGGUCAGGCUUUCAAUCAUGGCCCUCAAAUUAGCAAUGUCCAUGAACUUGAUGUUGUUACAGGUAAGGGUGAGCUAUUGACAUGUUCAGAAAAAGAAAACUCUGAGCUGUUUCAAGCCGUUCUUGGUGGAUUAGGACAAUUUGGGAUCAUAACAAGGGCAAGAAUUGCGCUUGAACAAGCUCCUCAAAGGGUGAGAUGGAUCCGAGUUCUAUAUUCAAAUUUUUCGACAUUUACCCAAGACCAAGAGUAUUUAAUAUCUUUAGAUGGAAAACCAGCUUCACAAAAAUUUGAUUAUGUGGAAGGAUUUGUUAUAGUUGAUGAAGGCCUAAUCAACAAUUGGAGAUCUUCUUUCUUUUCUCCAAGUAACCCUGUGAAGGUUUCUUCUCUGAAGGCUGAAGGAGGAGUUUUAUAUUGCUUAGAAAUCACCAAAAAUUAUCUCCUUUCAAAUGCUGAUAUCGUUGAUCAGGCGAUAGAGAUUUUGUUGAAAAAGCUAAAUUAUAUACCAGCUUCAGUGUUCACAACGGACCUUCCUUACGUGGAUUUCUUGGACCGGGUUCACAAGGCCGAGUUGAAACUCCGGUCUAAAGGGUUGUGGGAAGUGCCACACCCAUGGCUAAACUUAUUUGUACCAAAAUCAAAAAUUGCAGAGUUCGAUAAAGGAGUGUUUAAGGGCAUUUUGGGGAAUAAGACUAGUGGUCCCAUACUCAUCUACCCUAUGAACAAGAACAAGUGGGACGAGAGGAGUUCGGUGGUAACACCAGAAGAGGAUGUGUUUUACUUAGUCGCAUUUCUGAGGUCGGCAUUGGAAAAUGGUGAUGAGACACAAACGUUGGAUUACCUCAGCAAUCAAAAUUACGAAAUAUUGAAGUUUUGUGAAGAUGCAAGGAUAAAUGUGAAACAAUAUUUGCCUCAUUAUACAAAUCAACGAGAAUGGAGGGACCAUUUUGGAGAAAAAUAUUGGACAAGAUUUCAGCAAAGGAAAAUAGAGUUUGACCCAAGACAUAUUUUAGCCACCGGCCAAAAGAUUUUCAUGCCUUCUUUUAAUCCUAAUACUGCCUCCUGGUGACGUAUCGGGGAUUAAUUAAUUAGUCCUAUUUAUUAAUUAGGAUUUAGGAUUUGUUAUGAUUAAAAGUUAUUAAUUAGUGAUAGAUUGAUAGAUUUGAAUAGGAUGUCUAGUGUAUUUAUGUACAUAUCAAGGGAAAAAAAGAAAAAAAUAAUCCCCUUAAUUUUAUUUAGUAAAGAAGAAGUGUUGUUCCAA